AAACGCUACCGAAUGAAGAGAAUGGACUGUUAGGAAUAAAGUAAUACAAUUUCAAGUUACAAAUAUUACAAUUUAGGUUGCAAAUGUUUGUCGGUGGAGUGUGAAAUGUAACACGUGUGAAACGUGAACAUUUGUGCGCAUGCGCGGACACUUCCUCGGCAGCAGGUAAACUAAACCACCAUGGCGGCGAGAGGCCAUGUGCAAGACCCCAACGACCGGAGACUCAGACCCAUAUACGACUACCUGGACAAUGGCAACAACAAGAUGGCCGUCCAGCAGGCGGACAAGCUGCUGAAGAAGCACAAAGACUUGCACUGCGCGAAGGUGCUGAAGGCCAUCGGCCUCCAGCGGACGGGCAAGCAGGAUGAAGCCUUCUCCCUGGCCCAGGAGGUCACCUCCCUGGAGCCCACGGACGACAACUCCUUACAAGCGCUCACCAUCCUCUACAGGGAGAUGCAUCGGCCCGAGCUGGUGACCAAACUGUACGAGGCGGCGGUGAAGAAGGUCCCGCUCAGCGAGGAGUACCACUCUCACCUCUUCAUGGCAUACGCCCGCGUUGGCGAGUACAAGAAGAUGCAGCAGGCGGGAAUGGCCUUGUACAAAAUCGUCCCCAAGAAUCCGUAUUACUUCUGGUCCGUCAUGAGUCUGGUAAUGCAGGCCAUCUCAGCACAGGAUGAAAAACUAUCCCAAACCAUGUUCCUGCCCCUGGCGGAACGCAUGGUGGAGAAGAUGGUCAAAGAAGACAAAAUUGAAGCAGAAGCAGAGGUUCAGCUCUACUUUAUGAUCCUGGAGCGCUUGGGAAAAUGCGAGGAGGCUUUGGAAGUGGUCAGGGGUCCGCUCGGAGAGAAGCUGACCAGCGAGCUUCAGAGUCGAGAGAGCAAGUGCAUGAUGUUGUACCGACGACUUCGGCGCUGGCCCGAGUGCAACGCCCUGGCCCACAAGCUCCUGCUCAAGAAUCCUGACGAUUGGCAGUUCUACCUGGCCUACUUUGACUCGCUCUUUCACCUCAUGGAUCAGUCGUGGAGUCCGCCGGCGGAAGGAGAACACUGCUCGGAGGGCGCGGUGCACCACACGGUGGAAGAAGUGGUGAGGUUCGUGGAGGAGCGGAUCGCCGGCGAGGACGACAAAGACGCUCGCUCGCUGCGAGGUCCUUACCUGGCGCGUCUGGAGCUCAUGCGCCGGCUGCGAGAGCGCGACCUUCCCCAAGAAAGCCUGCUCGGAGAGCCUUUGGAACUGAUGGUGCAGUUUUUCGUCAAGUUCGGCGACAAGCCUUGCUGCGUCACGGACCUCAACAUUUACCUCCACCUGCUCGCCGCAGACCGGCACGUGCAGUUCGUCAAUCGGCUGAGCGAGGCCGCCCCGCCGGGCCGGCGAGGACCCGACGGCUCGGCCUUCCCGGACGACACCAAGGCGCUGCAGAGGCAUUUGUGCGUGUGUCAGCUGAGUCGGGCGCUCGGCCUGCAUCACGCCCUCGACGCCGCCGCUAAGCUGAGGCUCAUCGCGGAGCUCAAGGCGCGCUACCGGCACGGCCUCAAGUUUGGGAAGAACGCUCUGAAGACGGAGCUGCAGUUUUCCGACAUGUAUUGCCUGAUGGCGGCUCACGUCUACAUCGACUUGUGGACGGAAAGCGGAGACGAGAUGGCGGCGUGGCAGAGUCUGGGCCUCCUCCACGAAGGUUUGUCCAACAGCCCGUCCAACGCUCAAUUCAAGCUGCUGCUGCUGCUCCUCUACUGCCGCCUGGGCGCCUUCGAGCCGGUGGUGGACCUCUACGCCAGCCUGGACGCCAAGCACGUCCAGCACGACACCAUCGGGUUCCUCCUGACGCGCUACGCCCAGUCCUUGGGACAGUUUGCCGCCGCGUCGCAAGCCUGCAACUUCUCUCUCAGGUUUUUCCACUCCAACCAGAAAGAUACCUCCGAGUACAUCAUCCAGGCGUACAAGUACGGCGCCUUCGAGAAGAUCCCCGAGUUCAUCGCCCUCAGGAACAGGCUGAACCAGUCGCUGCACUUCGCCCAGGUCCGCACCGAGAGGAUGCUGCUGGACUUGUUCCUGGAGGCCGAUAUUGUGUUGAGUCUGGAGGAGAGUGUGAAGGCCAUGUGUUUGUCUGCAGAGGAGGAUGACAUUCCCUGGGACAACAUGAGGGACAACAGAGACCUCACAGUGUUCACCUGCUGGGACCCCAACGAGCGGAAGUUGAGCGAGGAGCAUCGGCGGCGCUCCCUGGAGGAAGAGCGCGUGUGGCUGCGGUUACGCUCCCUCACGCUGCGACUCCUCGCCCUGGUGGCGGCGCUGGGGCACAAAAACUCGCCGCAGAACUCCCCGGCGGCCACCGAGAACGGCGUGGCGGACAAGUCGUCCGCGCUGCGCGGCCUCCUGGCGCAGCUCAGCCGGAACCUGCUGACGGCCGCGCAGCUGGCCGAGAGGAGCGCGCAGUACCCCUUCCUGGGACCGCCCGCCGCCCGUCUGGCUGCCGCCCUGUCCAGCGGCAGCUGCCAGUGUCAAGCGGCAGCUCUGCAGCUGUCGCUCCACGUGCACGAACUGGACGCCGUCGGACUCGACGAGUCAUCGGAGCUGCAAAUGCAGAUGUGCAACGCCUUCAAGUCGCUCGCCGGUCAGCUUCAAGAAAUGCUGAAUAAAUGCAAAGGAGACCUUCUGGACAUGAAAGAGGGCAAAUUAAAAAUCCGACCGUCCUUAUUAGAAAACCUCAUCUUCUUUGUGGAGACGGUGUGCGUGGUCUUGUGGGUCGCCAGCUACUGCACCAAAGUCCUGCGGCCGCUCAAGUCCAGCCUACAGAAGAAGAAGAAGAAGAAAAAGGACGCAAGCGCAGCUCAGCCGGCGGUGGUGUGCGGUUUCCAGGAACUGACGGCGAGCUUGCAGGACGUGCUGGCCCGGGCCCUGGAGCACAUCAGGGGACAGGAAGCUGGAAUAACGGCGCUCAAACUGGCCGACUUGUCCCUGGAAGGAUCCACAGAGGAGGAGUCGUCGUUCACGAGGGCGGCCGUGGACAAGCUGCAGAGCAGUCACCUGCGUUCGCUGCAGGAGGCGGCCGAGCUGCUCAAGAAGCGAGCGGACACUGUGAAGAACCUCAAGAUCUGAACGCCGCCGCGCCUGAUCCUUUUUCAUCUGUUUGCCCUGAACGCAUUUCCGGAACACUCUUCUCACUCGCGUACGCGCACGGACACGCGUACGCCUAUCACGAAGUCACGUGGUGACCUUCACACGCUCAUUUUUAGCCCAACUAGUAAAUUAUUGUACAUAGUAGCUGAGAGUCCAAUAAACCACUAUUUCCUUUGCCCGCUCACUCGUCGCAGUCCCUCGCCUUUGUGUUGGCGUGCAAAGAAGCUGCCACGCUUGAGAUUCCAUCGGAGAUUUUUGUGUUUUUUGUGCUUUCUUUAUAUAGUGUGCGUCUGAAGGACGUCAACGCCUCUGUAGUCGCAGCGUGACCCCAAAAAUGUAUCCAAAUAAUGAACAGCUUCUGCCGCUCGCUGCUGGAAGCGACGACCCGGUCACGUGACGUCCACAACAACCAGGCAGAUGCGACUUGUUUUUCUCGCGCACAACCUGCAUCCGUGCGCGUUUUGGUGGAGACUGAUGUGAGCGCCCCAAACGGCGCUGAGGUUUUAUGCAGGCACCUCAAAUGAAACACACUUUGGACCUAAUUGUACGUGGCAGUGGAAGUAGCUGUGUGUGUGUGUGUGUGUGUGUGUGAGAGAGAGAGAGAGAGAGAGCGUAACACUGCUGCAGUAGCUUGUGUGCUCGUUUUUUAUUUGCUCUGAGCUAAAAAAAAAAUUUAAAAAAUGACGCAAAAGUUGAUGUUUUCAAUUGAGCAGCUGCUAAAAAAAAAAAAAUCCAGCUCAUUUCUCGUUGGAUAGACGUCGUCAAAUUUUGUUGGAUGUCUUCCGUCCAAUGAAAUUGAUCGCUUAUUUAAUAAGAAAAGCGUACCCAAGUUUUGCAUUUUUCAGACAUCCACGUCAACUUGGCGUCUGUCUGGCGCCGGCUUCCCAUCGUCGCGCGACAAUUUGCAACACGUCACUGGCACGAAUCGUUUGUGAUUUGCCUUUCGACUGACUUUUGGAAGAAAGAACAUGAAAAGUGACCGUGAUUGACAAUCUGGAGUGUGAGCAUCUCAGCAUCCUUUUGUUAGAAAAUGGAAAAACAGAAACACUGGAAUAUCAAAGCUUUUUUAAAAAAAAUAAAAUAAAAUGCGACAUGUGAGAAAUAUUCUUUUCUGGCAAAAAAACAUUUCAUCCAUCUGUUUUCAUGGCGUUUGAGGUGGUGAAAGUCACGGCUGAUCUGGAGCCAAUUGCGGCCGGCUUUAGGCAAAAGGCGGGGUUGCCAGCCAA